AUGGACUUCACUCCUCCGCCCGGGUUGGAUCUUUCGGAAUCCAGACGUGCCAAUCUAUAUGCGGCAUAUUCAUCCACAUAUGGACUGGCCGUGGUGGCAGUGGUGCUGCGGUUGUUGUGUCGUACCCGAGUGUCCAAGGUUGGGCUGUGGUGGGAUGAUUACUUGAUUUGCAUUGCUUUGGCCAUGGCAACCGGAAAUUACGUCGACAUGGUCAUUUGGGUCUAUCGAGGCGUGGGAACACACAUCUAUCCCCUUGGGAUGACCGGCUUCUCCAACUUCUUCAUCAACCUCUUCGUCUGCGAGAUCUUCUAUACGCUGUCCAUCUGUCUGACCAAAUACUCCAUCCUGAUGUUCUAUUGGCGCAUCUUCGGCACCACCAACAUCCGCAUCCCAAUAUAUGUCAUAUUCUUUCUGGUAACCGGCUGGGGAUUGGGCGUCAUCUUCACGACGAUCUUCCAAUGUCUACCCGUCCGUGGCUUCUGGGAUAAAUCCUUAAACCCGCACUGCGGCGUGGACGUCAACCAAUUCUUCAUCGGCAAUGCAGUCCCCAACAUCAUCACUGACUGGGCAUUGCUAAUCCUCCCCAUGCCAUACAUCUGGAGACUCCACAGGAACACCACCCAGAAGAUAGCCAUCAGCAGUGUCUUCGUGCUCGGAGGGUUAUUAGUGAUCAUGCUCGACUCGUACCGAGUCCCCUCGAUCGAUGUAACGUGGGUAUUUAUCGGUCCCUCGACGUGGACGGCGGUGGAGACCAAUAUUGGAGUCGUGUCUGGUGAGUCGGCCCUUGCGUAG